AUGGGCGAUUUGGCUCAGUAUCUCUAUAAUCUAACUUCUAUAGAUUUUUGUGGACCAAUUGGGUUGACUAGUUUCACCUUUUACACCCUCACGAAAAGUUGUCCUUUACUUGAAAUUCUUAAGAUGACACAUACGGGAGGACAAGAGAUGGAUCUUUUUUGUCCGGAUUAUUCACAUAAAAACCAUCAUAUGCGACACGUAGAUAUCUUCGGGAAUAUGUGGUUGACUGACAUGACGCUCAAGAACUUUGGGCAAGUUUGCCCGAAUCUACAAUUCCUCGAUGUAAGUGCUUGUAUGCGCCUCACCAAUUUCGGCAUCGGAAAAGUUUUGAGGAGAUGCCCUGCCAUAACACAACUGAACAUCCAUGGUCUUAAUAUUUCAGAUGUUUUUGGGAGCUGUUCGAACCAUUGUGUAGUGAAUUUGAAGACUUUGGAAGCUCAAGAGACACAAAUUGAUGACAAAGGAAUGGCAAUGAUUGGAAAAAGGUGUCGAAAUCUCCAAUAUUUAAACAUUAGAUGCUGCAAAAAGACAUAA